UGACGGGUGUUUCUGACAGUGUUAAGAGGAAACUCCUCGGCUCUGCCAACACUUGAGCUCUGGACACCGACGGGUCAACAGCAGUGGAGCGUCCUCGCUGCAGACAGAAACCUCGACGACAGCUCUGUUCCUUGAGACAACAUGGAGUUCCUAGAUGGAGAUUAUGAAUAUGACUAUGACUACGACAAACACAACAAUGGAACCAACGUGAGCUCUGAAAUCAUCGGGCAGCCAGUUUUCACGCACAAGACGACUUGUUUAAAGGACCGCUUGUGCGUGUCUCUGAUUGUGGUCAACGUGCUCAUUUUCCUGCUGGGAUUCUUCGGGAACGCUUUGGUCAUCUGGAUUUCUGGCUUCAAGAUGAAGAAGACGGUCAACACCACCUGGUACCUGAGCCUCGCCGUCUCGGACUUCGUCUUCUGCGCCUUCCUCCCGUUCAGCAUCGUCCAGAUGGUGAUGGAAGAGUGGAUCUUCGGUCGCUUCAUGUGCAAAUUCGUCCCGUCUCUUUUGUUCCUCAACAUGUUCAGCAGCAUCUUCCUCCUGGUCAUCAUCAGCGUCGACCGCUUCGUGUCGGUCAUGUUUCCGGUUUGGGCCCAGAACAACCGCACCAUUAAAAUGGCGUCCUUUAUUGUUUUGCUGGCGUGGCUUCUCGCCAUAGCAAUGAGCGUUCCCUCCGCGAUUUUCCGGGAGGUGGGCUCACACAUGGGCUCCACCAUCUGCUACAACAAUUACACAUUACACAUGAACAGUCACAAGAUAGUUGCAGUGAGCCGCUUUCUUGUCGGGUUCAUCGUCCCAUUCCUCAUCAUCAUCAUCUGCUACUCUAUCAUCAUCCUCAAACUUCGAAACAACAGGAUGACCAAAAACACCAAACCCUUCAAAGUCAUGACGGCGCUCGUCGCUGCUUUCUUCAUCUGCUGGCUUCCUUACCACGUGUUCAUCGUGCUCGAGCUGAACAACGAAGUCCACGACCACAACCUUUUACAGUCGGGACUCAAGAUAGGCGCUUCUAUGGCUGCAGCGAACAGCUUCCUCAACCCGGUGCUGUACGUUUUCAUGGGCAACGACUUCAAGCGGAAGUUCAAGAGCUCCGUGCUCUCAAAGAUGGAGAACGCGAUGGCGGAUGAAGGCCGCACCAUCAGCCGAUACCUGUCCAGGUCCAGCUCCAUGGACGGCAGAGCUUCCACUCACAUCUAGAGGUGCCGAAGUGCUCGAAAAAGCAAUUAAUCACCACGGGAUAUAUGAAAUGACGCUUGAAAAAAACACACAACCAAGUCUGUAUAGAUUCUUUGUACAAAUGUUGCACUUUUCUGCUGACAGCGUGAAGAAAGCUGUCGCCACUUUAGGCUCACAGACAAACUGCGAGCUUAUUCUGAAAUUUUCUCAUUUUGUGAUCCGUCUCAACCGGCAGAAGUGUAUUCAGAGUUGCAUUUGUGGCGAUUAAAACUGUAAAUGUAGUUGUGAAAUACAAGGAAUGUAAUAUAUGAGGUGUAUUGUAUGAUUUAUAAUCAUUGAACAAUGUGCAAUCAUAGUAUUGAGUUGUUGAUACGUGUUGGGGUCAGUUCGCAGUGCUCGUGGAGAGAAGAGGAGCUCGAGUGACGCAGAUUCAGAAGAAUUAACUUCCUCGGACUCUCAACUAAAACAGAGCACAGGCCACACACACAGAAAUAAUAAUAAUGUAAAGAAAAAGGGAACGACUCGCUGAAGGAGGACAGCUCAGAAUGAAUGGUACUCGUUAUUCUUUCAUUUGAAACCUGAACUGUCUCAGUUCCUGCUGAAAGGACUGUUCUGUGGUUUUAUUUACUGACACCACAGUGCGCAACUAUUUUUGUAUUGCAGCAUUUAAAUGUGUUGUACGAGAUGGACCUGAAUACAGUGACUGGGCGGAGGACAGCUUUUGAGAUUUGCACUGUGUGGUUAUCUCUCAUGUGUCUGUAGAGGACUUGUUGUUUCCUGUGUGUCAGUUGUGUAGUGAAAGUGGUCUGUGCAAUAAAUUUUUGAAUGUUUUGUCUCUGAAAUAAAGCUGUAAAGUUUUGAGCUA